UGGGUCAUGUGUGGCCGGAAGUGUUUCCCGAAACGGAGUAUUCGAGAUGGGGACCGCCCUGGACAUUAAGGUUAAAAGAGCGAACAAGGUUUAUCACACCAGGGAAAUGCUCUCUGGGGUGGUGGUCGUAUCUGGGAAGGAUUCGGUCCAGCACCAGGGAGUCUACUUGACAGUGGAAGGAGCCGUGAACCUCCAACUCAGCGCCAAGAGUGUGGGUGUGUUUGAAGCAUUCUAUAAUUCUGUUAAACCCAUCCAGAUUAUCAACAGUACCAUCGAAAUGGAGACACCAGGAAAAUUUCCCAGUGGCAAAACAGAAAUUCCUUUUGAAUUUCCUCUGCACGUGAAGGGAAGAGUUCUGUAUGAGACUUAUCACAGCGUGUUUGUCAACAUUCAGUAUACCCUGCGCUGUGACAUGAGGCGGUCCCUGCUGGCCAAGGACUUGACUAAGACCUGUGAAUUCAUCAUUCACUCUGCUCCUUAGAAGGGGAAACUGACUCCGAGUCCCGUGGACUUCACUGUCACACCUGAAACCUUACAGAAUGUCAAAGAGAGAGCCUUGCUCCCCAAAUUUCUCAUCAGAGGACAUCUCAACUCGACCAGCUGUGUUAUCACACACCCACUAAUGGGAGAGCUGGUGGUGGAGAGCUCGGAGGCCACCAUCAAAAGCAUCGAGCUGCAGCUGGUGCACGUGGAGACCUGUGGCUGUGCAGAAGGGUACGCCCGCGAUGCCACAGAAAUUCAGAACAUUCAGAUAGCCAAUGGGGACGUGUGUCGGGGCCUCUCUGUCCCCAUAUACAUGGUCUUCCCCCAGCUCUUCACCUGUCCGACACUGGAGACCACCAACUUCAAAGUGGAGUUCGAGGUUAACAUUGUUGUGCUGCUUCACCCUGAGCACCUCAUCACAGAGAACUUCCCGCUGAAGCUCUGCAGGAUAUAG